AGCCGAAGAGCAGCGCGCGCUGAAGCGCACGGCUUUCCACAUGCACGCGUACAGUAUCACGAUCAGAUGACACUAACACGUGUUGUCAUAUCUCGCUGGCUCCAGUCCAAAAUUAAUCCUGGAUUACACUUUAACACAGAGAGAACUCAAUGACUAAUAAACGCAGCUGACUGAGGCUUCAAUUGCCGAAGACUUUGUUGUGAAAAGACAAACAACAGACUAUAAAAAGAAACAGAAGACACAGGCGAGAUCCAAAACUGCACCAAAAUAAUGAGGUCUAAAGGAGUGUUUGUGCUUGUGUUUUUGAGCGCGUUAACGGCUUAUUACGUUUAUUCACCAAUCCCGAAUAACAUAGAGGAGAGAUGGAAACUAAUGCUCACUGACUCUUUCUUCAAAAGUUUAAGCCAGCUGGCAGAACUAAGUGAGCGGAUGGGACUGUUGGACUACAUGAAAGUCAUGAUGUUCAUCACCAUUGCAGAGCGAGUAGUACCUGUGUCAGAUGAGAGGGUCCAAGUGUCAGAUGAGAAUUUUGAUGGGGUAGAGGUGAUUGUGUAUCAGCCAACCCAGCAAGAAGAAUCAGGAGAGCUAAGAAGAGCCAUCAUUUACCUGCAUGGAGGAGGAUGGUGUCUCGGCAGCUCUCGUAUGGGCCCAUAUGAUCUGCUAGCCAGGCACAUGGUUACAGAGCUCAACGCAGUUAUCGUGUCUGUAGAGUAUCGUCUUGCCCCAGCUUAUCAUUUUCCUGCCCAAUUUGAGGAUGUGUACCAUGUGGUGAAGUACUUCCUUCAUGUUGAUGUUCUGAAGAGCUACCAUAUCAAUCCAGAACGAAUUGCUGUGUCUGGAGACAGUGCAGGAGGCAACCUUGCAGCUGCAGUGGCUCAGCAGUUGCAGAAGGACCCAAAACAGCCCAUCCAGCUAAAGGCCCAAGCUCUAAUCUACCCUGUCCUGCAAGCCUUGGAUCUGAACACUCCCUCCUACCAGCAGAACCAGCACAUGCCUAUACUGCCCCGCACACUGAUGGUGAGGUUUUGGAGCGAGUACUUCACCAGCGACAAGUCAUUUUUGAGAGCCAUGAUGGCGAACAGACACAAUAACCAUGAAUCAGCUGCUUUGCUUAAGUUUGUCAACUGGAGUUCAUACUUACCUGAUUCGUAUCGCCAGACAUACAAUUACAGUGCCCCACCUGUGGUCACCGGAAAAAGUUCGGUGCACCCUGUUGGUCCUCAUCACUUGCUUGCAGACCCACGAGCCUCGCCAUUGCUGGUGCCUGACACGACCUUGCGUUUACUGCCUAAGGCCUACGUGUUGACCUGCGAGUAUGAUGUACUGCGGGAUGACGGCUUGAUGUAUGUCACACGUUUGCGUAACGCUGGAGUUGAUGUCACACAUGAACAUUACCCCGGUGGAUUUCAUGGUGCACUAAUGUUUAUUACGUGGCCCACAGACUUUGAUAUUGGACACAGGAUGGUGGACAACUUUGUAUCAUGGCUUAAGCAAAAUCUAUAAGAUUAAUGUAGAAUGCAGCAAUGCUUUAUACAUCGGUUUUAGUUGACUGGUUCAUAUUUCUUAUUUAUUUCAUUUGUUUUUUUUUUCUGUUGUUUACAGUGCACCACUUUUUAUCUUAAAAAGGGCACACUUUUGAUUGUAUUAAUCCAUUAUGGUACAAACAUUCCUAUUAUGACCAAAUCUGGUCUUAAGAAACACUGGUCUGUAUUAUGUCCAAUCUGUUAACUAUGUAUAUGUUACUAAUGAAGGUGUUAACAUGACAUUAAUAGUGUUUUAUUUUUAUUUUAUGAUUAUUAUUAUUUCUGUCUAUUGCAAUUGUCACUGACUGCUUGACUUUUUGAAAGGUUUGGUUUGAUAUGCAGUAAACUGUCUGAUGAAGUUCCUGGUUCACUGAAUUCUUAUCUUAAAUGGUGAGAAGAUAUGACUGAAGUAAGAUCAAGUCUUCAGUAGGUACUAUAAGUAAUUUGCUUUUGAGAACUGAAAAAUUUGAUGACAUCAUGGCUUGAAGCAGCAGUUCUUUUUGCUCUUCCUAUACAAAUUAAAGUGCCUCACUGAAAGAUGUAAAAAUGGUAUGGAGCAAUCAUUUUCCAGAACCAUGGUGGCAAACACACAAUAUCCCUGAAUCAACUGCUUUUUUAUACAAUAUGUUUAUAAACAAGAAGUUAAAACUUAGUUAUGUUUCAGGAGAAACAAUAGACAUUUAGUUUCAUACAUUCUUCUCGGCCAAUUAAAAUAAUUCCAAAAGAAACCAAAACAUCAAGUGUAUGUCACAGAGUGACUCACAGUCUGAAAGCCAGCUAAAUAUAACAAGCCAUAGAUGUGCAGCCAAAAGCAAAAAUGACAGAUUUAAAAUUGUUUAGGCAAAGGCAAUAAUGCAUUUUUAAUUUCUUUAUUAUUGUUUUAUAUUUCAAAACAUCCUUUUAUUGCCUUAUAUUUAUGUAAACUAAGUGUGCAAAAAACAAUACUCUUACUCUAACUUUACAGUAACACAUUCACUUAAUUGAUGAGUUUAUACUUUGACUGUAUAGCCAGAGGAGAACUGCACUCCCAGAGUUUUUUGGUGUUGUUGUUGUUGUUCCUUUCCAGUUCCUUUUGGUUUGCACAAUAGAGGACUAAAGAUUUUUUUUGUAUUAUGUAUUAUGUCUUUUGUUGUAUUAGGUAUUAUGGAAUAACUUUAACUUUACAUUUUUUAGUUAACCUGCUUAAGAGUAUUUGAUAUAACCCUGUCAAUUAAAUGUACCAAUAAACCAUUGCCAAUUACUAAAAAUAGUUUUGUCACUACACAAAAUUAUUACAAUUUAAAACCUUAUAGAUUUAAUAUCCAA